CAGGAGGCGACAUGGCUGAGACCGCUCCCGUCGCUGCGCCUGAGGUCGCCGCCGCUCCUCCGGCUCCGGCCAAGGCAACCCCUGCCAAGAAGCCGAAGAAGGCGGCGGGCGGCUCCAAGGCGCGCAAGCCCGCGGGCCCCAGCGUCACGGAGCUGAUUACCAAGGCCGUGUCUGCUUCCAAGGAGCGCAAGGGGCUCUCCCUCGCCGCGCUCAAGAAGGCGCUGGCUGCUGGUGGAUACGAUGUGGAAAAGAGCAACAGCCGCAUCAAGUUGGGGCUCAAGAGCCUUGUCAGUAAAGGCACGCUGGUGCAGACCAAGGGCACCGGCGCCUCCGGCUCCUUCCGCCUCAGCAAGAAGCCCGGCGAAGUGAAGGAGAAGGCGCCUAAGAAGCGGGCAGCCGCGGCCAAACCCAAGAAGCCGGCGGCCAAGAAGCCAGCGGCCAAGAAGCCCGCUAGCGCAGCCAAGAAGGCGGCGGUGAAGAAGAGCCCCAAGAAAGCCAAGAAGCCGGCGGCCGCCGCCACUAAGAAGGCAGCCAAGAGCCCCAAGAAGGCGACCAAGGCUGCCAAGCCCAAAAAGGCAGUGGCAGCGAAGAGCCCGGCCAAGGCAAAGGCGGUGAAGCCCAAAGCUGCUAAGCCCAAGGUUGCCAAACCUAAAGCGGCUAAAGCAAAGAAGGCGGCGCCCAAGAAGAAGUAAACGGUCCUGAAAAACUCCCGUCUGCCUUGCAGACAACCCCCAACGGCUCUUUUAAGAGCCAC